AUGCCUGGUCUCACAGCGGCUGACACUAUUCGCAUCCUUGUCGCCACCGACAACCAUGUCGGCUACAACGAGCGCGAUCCGGUGCGAGGUGAUGACAGUUGGAGGAGUUUUCACGAAGUGAUGUGCCUCGCGAAAGAACGAGAUGUUGACAUGGUUCUCCUCGCCGGCGACCUCUUCCACGAGAACAAACCGUCGAGGAAAUCAAUGUACCAGGUCAUGAGAUCCCUACGAAUGAACUGCUACGGGGACAAGCCAUGUGAAUUGGAGAUGCUGAGCGAUGCUAGUGAGAUCUUUCAAGGCGCAUUCAACCACGUCAAUUAUGAAGACGUGGACAUCAAUGUCGCUAUUCCAGUAUUCUCUAUCCAUGGUAACCAUGACGAUCCAUCUGGUGAAGGUCACCUGGCAGCACUGGAUCUGCUUCAGAUGUCUGGUCUACUCAACUAUUACGGCCGAACGCCAGAGUCCGACAAUAUUCAGAUCAAGCCAGUACUUCUACAGAAAGGUCAUACGAAAUUGGCCUUGUAUGGCUUAAGUAACGUCAGAGAUGAGCGCUUAUUUCGGACAUUUCGAGAUAGCAAAGUCAAGUUCUUUCAGCCUAACACACAAAAGGAUGAUUGGUUCAACAUCAUGAGCGUCCACCAGAACCAUCACGCAUACACAGAGACGAGCCAUCUUCCAGAGCAUUUCCUUCCAGAUUUCCUCGACCUGGUAAUUUGGGGUCACGAACACGAGUGCGCUAUUGAUCCUCGUACCAAUCCGGAGAGGAACUUUAAGGUCAUGCAACCAGGAUCUUCUGUAGCGACUUCACUCGCCCCUGGUGAAGCUGUGCCUAAGCAUGUGGCUAUGGUGAGCGUGACUGGGCGAGAGUUUACCACCGAGAACAUUCGCUUAAAGACAGUCAGGCCGUUCGUGAUGAAAGAAAUCGUGCUGAGCGAGGAGAAAGAGGCACAGAAAUUUGCCAAAAAGGACAACAACCGCACGGAGCUGACCCGCUUCCUUAUUAAAAUUGUCGAAGGGCUCAUAGUCCAAGCGAAAGCAGAGUGGCUCGAGGCGCAAGAAGGCAGUCACGAGGAUGGAGAUGAGGUCCCCGAGGUGCCACUUCCUCUUAUCAGGCUACGAGUCGAGAUAUCGGCUCUUGAUGGAGGGAACUUUGAUUGCGAAAAUCCUCAACGCUUCUCCAAUCGUUUCGUUGGUAAAGUGGCAAAUAUCAAUGAUGUUGUACAGUUUCACCGUAAGAAGAAGAACGCCACAGCGCGAAGAACUCGAGAUGAUAUUGCGGACGAGGCAGUUAUGUCGCACUUGCAGGGGCUUGACACUGUUGCAGUUAAUAAACUGGUUCGUGAAUACCUCACCGCUCAGUCUUUGACAAUUCUUCCACAGAAUUACUUUGGUAAGGCCGUCAGUGAGUACAUCGAUAAAGAUGAUAAACAUGCUAUGGAAGAUCUUGUCAACGAAACGCUUGCAAACCAGAUCAAGCAUUUGCUGGAGCUCGAUCGUGACGAUGAUGACGAAGAGCAAGACGAGGAGGAACAUCUGGCAGACGCGAUGGAAAGGUACCGUAGCCAGCUGGAAGAAAUUUUCGCCAAAGGGCAGAUAAAGAGGUCCAAGGGAGGCAAGAGCAGAUUCAAGCCCAGACCAGAUGGUUGGGAUAGCGAAUUUGAUGGAGCAUGGGAAGAUCAGCCCGGCGCAUUGCUGCGACCAGACGAGGUAGAUGAAAGCAAUGGUGCUGAAGAAGACGAGGAGGAGGAGGCGACCCCCAAACCUGCAGCUACACGCGGUAGAGGGAGAGGCCGAGGGAGGGGGGUACGCGGAGGAAAUCCAACCACUACGAGGAAGGCUGCUCCUACGGCUUCCAAGGCAGCUGCUUCUAGUAGAGGCAGACGGAGAGUUGUUGAUGAGGACGAAGAUGAGGACGGCGAUUCAGCUAUGUUUCGCGCUGAAGAAGGCGAGGAAGAGGAUUCUCAGGCGAUGUUCUUUACGGAAAAGUCGACCAGAGGGCGAAAGGCAGCCGCUGCCUCUACUCGAGGCAAGAAGGCUGCAUCUCCAGUCAGGAAGGCACCACCAAGAUCAGCAGCCGCAAGCACCAAGCAAUCGAAGAUUAGCUUUUCCGCUUCACAGGCGAGUGUGCUUGGGAAAGGGGGCAAUAGAAGUCAAAGUGUCAACGACGAUAUUGAGGAUGAUGAGGAUGGGGACGCGUUUGAGCCAAUUCCGAAGACAAAGUCUCGAAGGUAG